AUGGCAAGUGACGAUACGGAUUAUGUGGGAGAGAUAUUAAUAGAAGGUGAGUUGAAUAUGAAAAGUGCAUUACAAGUGUUGCAGUCAAAUCUUAAUAGUAUCAGAGCAGGUAGAGCCCGACCUGAAAUGUUGGAUCCUAUCACUGUAACGGUGUAUGAUGGGAAGAAAAUGUCUCUUAAAGAUUUGGCUACUAUUAGUGCUCCUGAAGCAAGAUUAUUGACGUUGACGGUAUGGGAUCUACAAAACGUAGACAUUAUUGUGAAGGCUUUAAGAGACAGCAACUACCACUUUAAUCCUCAAGUGAAUGGAACUUUGAUCCGCAUAGUGAUCCCUCACCUGACAGAGGAAAGGCGACUUGAACUGGGAAAACAAGCUAAAAGGUACACUGAUCACUGCAAAGUAGCUUUGAGAAAUGUUCGAAAAAAGUGCAGUGACAACUUGAAAGUCUUGCAAAAGGAAAAGCACAUUUCUGAAGACAUGGUGAAGCAGGUCAUGAACAAACAAGUACAGAAGAUGCUGGAUAAGAUGAUGGUGGAAGCUGAGGGAAAACUGGAAGAGAAGACCAAAGACAUUUUAACAGUUUAA